GACCACGUCGAGGGUGGAGGAGGCAAGGAGUCUGAGGAGAGUACCAAGGACCUUACAAAGCAGACUGUGAGGAAGAGGUCCGAACAAACACCUAGUCCACACCGAGGAUCAAACACUCCACAAGGGUCUCGAUCUCGAGGGUCUUGGUCUGCAGUUGUCUCCUGAACUCAUUCAUCUCCUCCCUGUGGUGCAUGGCUGGGAAUCGAAUCCAGUUUAACUGCUUGGAAGGCAGCUAUGCUAACCCCUAUACCACAAUUAACAUAUGCAUGUUUACACGGCAAAAAAGCUCUUCAAUUAAAAGAGAUUUUGAAUGAGGAAGUGCAGUGUACGCAUGGCUCCAGCUGUGGCUAUUUCAAUGUUGAAAGCCGACAUGGUGCCCUGUUAUCACGUGAGUGCCUUUUGACCUAUCGUUUAGGAGAUUGUCUGAAACCGAGUUGGCCAUACUCUUUCAUUACAUGACUCUGGCCUCUCAAGUCUCAACACGCCUCAUAAGCAUAUAACACAGUUGACUUGAUUGCACAUUUUAAUGCAGAAUGUUGGUGUUCAUACUGCACAUAGAUAAAACAAACAUGUAAAAUGUCCAUAUUCAGAUGUCAAAUAAGGUUUUAAAACAUGAGUAGUCCUGGGUUCUUCGGGAUCUUUCUGUGUGGCGUUUGCAUGUUCUCCCAGUGACUGCGUGGGUUCCCUCCGGGUACUCCAGCUUCCUCCCACCUCUAAAGACAUGCACCUGGGGAUAGGUUGAUUGGCAACACUAAAUUGGCCUUAGUGUGUGAAUGUGAGUGUGAAUGUUGACUGUCUAUCUGUGUUGGCCCUAUGAUAAGGUUGCGACUUGUCCAGGGUGUAUCCCGCCUUCCGCCCGAAUGCAGCUGAUAGGCUCCAGCGACCCCCCGCAACCCCAAAAAGGACAAGCGGUAGGGAAUGGAUGGAUGGAACAUGAUGGAACCUUUUAAAAAGUUAACCAACCUUCCUGUUCUGAUUUUUAAGGAUGGACAUUCCUAAGUUUUGGCUCCCCUGGUAGUCCGGAAAACAUACUUUUCUUUCUGUGAACGUGCAGCAAUGCCCUCAUGCUGUUAAUUUUGGGGUUUGUGUGUUUUUUGCAUUUGAAUUAUUUUUUUCUCCUGUAGCUUUUCUGUGAUUUCUGCAUUUGCUAUCUUUAGCAUUUUCCAGUUGUAUUUUUUUUUUUUGCAAUGUUGGUGUGAUUUUGGUUUUAGAUCGUUUUUGUGAUUGAAGGGCUGGAAAAUUGGAUUUCCUCUCACUACCAGUGCUUGAUUUUUGAGUAACAGCUCAUAUAGCAUAGACUCAUUUUGUACAAAUGAAAUACCUUUUUUAAAUUUGCCUUUAUAGCCAGUCCCCCCAGAUUUGUGUCAGCAGAGGAGUUAAUGGAGACAGCAAAGGGAGUCAACAACAUGGCUUUGGCCCAUGAAAUAUUGGUUAACCAGACUUUUCAAGUUAAACCCUCUGAGUUUCCUGAAGGAAGUUUGGAGCGCAGAGUGAAAGAGAUUAUGCACAAAGCAUUCUGGGAUUGUCUGGAAGCUCAGUUGAAGGAGGAUCCACCGCGGUACAUGCAGGCCAUCAAACUGUUGGCUGAAAUGAAAGAGACAUUGCUGUCUUUCUUACUGCCGGACCAUGGUCACCUGCGGUCCCGUAUUGAGGAGGUCCUGGAUUUGGCUCUAAUCCAGCAGCAGGCAGAAAAAGGAGCACUUGACAUUGGCAGUCUGUCUAAAUUCAUUAUUGAGAUGAUGGGCUCUCUCUGCGCCCCUUGCAGGGAUGAAGAAAUCAGUAAACUUAAGGAGAUCACCGAUUUUGUGCCUCUGCUCAAGGCUAUUUUCUCUCUGUUGGACCUAAUGAAGUUGGACAUGGCUAACUUUGCUGUAAACAGCAUCAGGCCUCAUCUGAUGCAGCAGUCAGUUGAAUAUGAGAGGAACAAGUUCCAGGAGUUUCUGGACAAACAACCUAAUGCUUUAGACUACACUGAGAAAUGGAUUAAGGACACAGUAAAGGACUUGAGAGAGGUUUCUUCCACUGCUGCAUCAUCUGGUCCUUCGGCUCUCCUCCCUGCAGAUGUCCAUAAUCAAGCAUAUUUGCGACUACUGAAGUGGAACCACCUCGCAGAACCCUUUCCUGAGACAAUGCUGAUGGAUCAGGCUCGCUUCCAGGAAAUGCAGAAGAUUCUCGAACAAUUAGUCAUGCUGUCGUCCGUGCUACUCAUCGUCUAUACUACCACAGGGGAAGCCAUUUCGGGGCUUCCGGGCCUUAUGGAGAAGCUUAAAAUCACUGUUCAAGCCAUGCUUGCAGACAUGCACACUCCGUCCUUCAGUCUGCAAGAGGCCUUAGCGACGAUUGGGGAGAAACUCUGCAUGGAGUUGAGUCAAUGUUUAAGCCAACAUGGCUAUGCCACAUUAUCCACUGACCGGAAAAACACUUUGAUGGGGCAAAUCUCAGCCAUUAUCCAGUCGGACAACACAGUCCGCAAGCUGAUGGAUUCCAGGAUUCAAAACUACCUUUUGGCAUUCCUUGAGUCCGGUCAACACAAGAGCCCUCCUCUGCCUGGAGGUCUCGCACCAGUCAACAAGGAACUGAAAGAACUUGCAAUUCGCUUCAGUCACCUCAUCAACUUCAAUAAGCUAGUCUUCUCUCCAUUCUACCAAAAGAUUCUCCGCAAGUGCUUGGCAUCUGGAGAGUGCGCCGACACAGAGACAUAAGCACUAUGUUGCACACUGGUGUUAAGUAGACCUGCAAGCUAACACUUCAUUUCGAAAAAAAGGAGCUAAUCAUGUUCAGUAGGAAUUGCUCAAAAAAUACAUUAACAUUACUAGUAGCAUUAAAUAAUAAUGAAAAAGUCUUUUUUUUCAACCAUCCUUCUGCAUUAGACUGUCUUGUGAAGCGGUACAUUAGCAGGGAAAAGAUAAUUGUUGUGCCGCAAAACUCAGAAAUGCUCAGGACUGUCAGUCGCAUUAACGCUGGUAACACAUUACAAAGAUAAUUCCGUCAACUGAAAAUGAAAUCGCAAUGGUUUGUUUGGCACGUACUAAGGGAAAAAAAUAAUCAACCUAGAAUAGAUCAGUUAAAAUGAUUUAUGCCGUUAUAAGGUAUUUUACAAUUAUUUACCAUUUUAAUAGUAUUUUUGUUUUAGGGUGUGUAUUACUGCUUUCUUAAAGAAAUACUAUUAACAAUAAUGGUCAAACAAAUAUCAUGUGUUGUUGAAGUUUCAGAAAAAUCUAAUGACAGAUUACGUUUGGGAAUUUUAUUUCAUACAUUGACCGACCACAAUGUGCUCUAAAGCAUAUGCAGUAUUAGAAAUCAAAUUAUGUGUCCAAUAUUUCAACACGCAAAUAGUACUAUUAUCACCUAUAAGCAGGCAAUGAAUACAGUGCAUCUGGAAAGUAUUCACAGUACUUCACAUUUUCCACAUUAUGUUACAGCCAUUCGUGGUUGUCCUUGGAAUUCUACAGAUAAUGUGAAAAAUGUUUUAACAAAUUUUAAAAAAAGAAAAGCAAAUGUAUUAAAACAAAAAAAAUCACAUGUACAGAAGUAUUAACAGCCUUUGCUCAAUACUUGAUGCCUCUUUGGCAGCAAUUAGUCUUUUUGAAUGCGAUGCCACAAGCUUGGCACAUCUGUCUUUAGGCGGUGUUGCCCAUUCCUCUUUGCAGCACCUCUUAAACUGCAUCAUGUUGUAUUGGAAGUGUUGGUUUUCAUCCAGGAUGUCUCUGUAUAAUGCUGCAUUCAUCUUGGUCCAGCAAUCCGUCAGAGCUACCGCAUUCCUCUGUGGAGAGAGAACCUUCCAGAAGGACAACCAUCUCUGCAGCAAUCCACCAAUCAGGCCUGUACAGUUGUGAUCAAAAUUAUUCAACCCCCACACAAUUUUGGUGUUUUUGCAAGUUGGACAUUUAUUCCGUAUUUUGUUUAUAGUCAUAUCAAAUAAAGAUGUGUCAAAUAGAUAAAUGCAACUUAAAUUGUAACACUAUUUUACAAAAUACCAAAAAAGGACAUUUUUCUUAAUAUGUCAUUGACAAAAUUAUUCAACCCCCUAGUUACAUGCAUCUUUAGUACUUAGUAGAACACCCUUUGGCAGUAAUGACAUCCUUCAAACGUGAUACAUAAGCGGACACAAGCUUCUUGCAACCACUCUGAUGUUGAUUCGGAGGUAUGCUUGGGAUCGUUGUCCUGUUGGAAGGUCCAACGACUCCCAAGCCUCACCUUCGUCACUAACUUCAUGACAUUUGCAGCUAAUAUAUCCUUGUAGGAAAUAGAAUUCAUAAUGCCUUGAACGCGCUGGAUAUUCCUGGUACCUGAGGCAGAAAAACAGCCCCAGAGCAUGAUUGACCCCCCACCAUGCUUAACAGUAUGCAAGGUGUUCUUCUCUUGGUAAGCUUCAUUUUCUCUCCUCCAGACAUAACGUUGAUUAAUAGGCCCAAAGAGUUCCAGUUUUGUCUCAUCACUCCAUAGAACAGUUACCCAAAAUCUUUGGGGUUUGUCCAGAUGAUUUUUGGCAUACUGGAGUCUAUUUUACUUGUGCCUGGUAGUCAGAAGUGGGGUGCGCCUGGGAGUUCUGGCAUGGAGGCCUUCCUCUCGUAGUGCGCGCUUUAUUGUCUGGGACGAAACCUGCGUUCCCCCCUCUGCUAUGUCCUGUUGUAGUUCCUCAGCUGUUACCCGGGGAUUUUUCACUACUGUACGCUUCAAAUACCGGACAGCAGUUGCACACAGCAUCCUCUUUCUACCACGCCCAGGUAGUGAUUCCACUGUGCCUUUAGCUUUAAACUUGCGAAUUAUUCUCCCAACUGUGUCUCUUGGAAUGUGUAAUGUCUUUGCUAUUUUCUUAUAUCCAUAUCUUUUCUUAUGAAGAGAAAUUAACUCCUCUCUUGACUUCUUUGACCACUCCCUGGACUUCAUGUUGCAAAUACACCAUUGACCAUCUACAAAAAGCUGAGCGUCAGUCUUUUUCACUCAGUUUAAUUGUUGCUCGUUAUGGUUCUAAUCACAUCUACAGGUGUUUCCAACACCUGAUUGAAAAUACCUUAUUCAAACUCUGUUCUUAAGAGUUAUGAUCUUCAAGGGGUUGAAUAAUUUUGUCAAUGAGAUAUUAAGAGAAAUGACACUGGUAUGUUUCAAAAUAUAAUUUUGUAAUUCAAGUUGCAUUCGUCUAUUUAAUGCAUCUUUACUUGAUAUGACUAUAAACAAAAUACGGAAUUAAUGUCCAACUUGCUAAAACACCAAAAUUGUGUGGGGGUUGAAUAAUUUUGAUCACAACUGUGGUCAGACAGAACCCAUUUCUUGGUAAAAAGUUUGCCAAAAUGCACUUAAAAUACUCUCAGACAAUGACAGAACACAAUUCUCUGGUUUGAUGAGACAAAAAUUGAACUCUUUGGCAUCAUGUUUGGAGGGAGCCAGGCACCGCUCAUUACAAGGCAAACACCAUCCCUACAAUGAAGCAUGGCGGUGGCAGCAUCACGCAGUGGGCAUGGUUUUUAGCGACAGGAACUGAAAGACUAGUCAGGAUAAAGAGAAAGAUGAUUGCAGCAAUAACUAAGACAUCCAUCCAUCCAUUUUCUACCGCUUAUUCCCUUUGGGGUUGUGGGGGGCGCUGGUGGCUAUCAGCUACAAACGGGCGGAAGGAGGGGUAUCCUGGGUGAAAACCGAUGCUUCUCAUCCAACCUGAUGUGCUGCAGGGAAGAGAGGGCAAAACUGCCCAAAGAUAGAUGUGCCAAGUUCUUGCAUUGGGACGGUGUGGCGCAGUGGGAGAGUGGCCGUGUGCAACCCGAGGGGCCCUGGUUCAAAUCCCACCUAGUACCAACCUCGUUGUGUCCUGAGCAAGACACUUCACCCUUGCUCCUGAUGGGUGCUGGUUGGCGCCUUGCAUGGCAGCUCCCUCCAUCAGUGUGUGUGUGAAUGGGUAAAUGUGGAAGUAGUGUCAAAGCGCUUUGAGUACCUUGAAGGUAGAAAAGCGCUAUACAAGUACAACCCAUUUAUCAUUUAUUUAUUCAAAAAUACUUGAGGCUGUAAUUAAUGCCAAAAUUGAUUUAACAAAGUAUUAAGCAAAGGCUGUGAAUAAUCAUGUACAUGUGAUUUUUAUUUAACACAUUUGCUCAAUAAAAAAAAAAAAAUAGGGUAUUGUGUGUAGAAUUUUGUGGACAAUAAAUUUGUUUUGUUUUGGAAUAUAGCUGAAACAUAAAAUGUGGAAAUAGGGAAGCGCUGUAAAUACUUUCCGGAUUGACAAAAUAUAGGAAUUGUUACAUAUCACUACGUAUUGUUCAGAACGGUUGUCCCUAAAGCAUACAGGAUUACAACAAAAAAACCUGAGUACACAGAUUUUUAAUAUUUAUAGCUUCAACAACGCUAACCUUAGUUAUACAUGCUGACCUCCAGUCAGCUCAGGCAUUGUUGACAGUGUAUUUUUUUUUUUUUUUUGGUGAAUACAGUGCAGUCAAGUAAUGUUAUUUUGGUAAUGUCUAGAAGACUGAAUUAACCCAUUCAUACACGACAGGAUGAGAAUAAUGAUGACAGCAGUUACUGGAGUUAAAGUACACUAGAGUGCAUGUUCCUUCUCUCAUUUCAUUUGAUAGUGUUAUCCAAGAGUUUUUUUUAAGUAAUAUAGCCAAACAGAAUCUCAUAAUGCUGGGACAGGUACAUACAUAUCCGGUAAAUUCCCAUAGUCAGCUAGAAAGGAAUCUUGAGGAAGAAAAUCAAAACAUCUGCGUCCAUUUUUUGUUUAAGAAGAAUGUUAAAUGACCAAUGUUACAAGAAUAUGACACUGCCGAGUCGCAGAUCAACUUUAAGAAGGUAUUUUUUGUGUUUUGAUGUCCCGAGAAUGAUAGGACGGCUGCACCGGACAGCUUAAAUGAACUGAAACUGUAUAUGACUUUGUACUGAUAGCGGGAAGAUUUUAAAAGUUUUAGUUCUUUCUGCUCCUUUUUUGUUAAUGCUAAAUAAUGUUGUUGCAUUUUUUUAAUUAAUAAAUACAUUUAUUAAAUUAAAUUAUAAUUUUUAGGGUUUCCAAUCGCCUUAAAUAUUUUACCUACUUUUUCCACUAGUAGUUCUCCCAUCUUCCACAACCACAGGACAGGCCAUUGGGGGAAAAAAACAAGCUAUUUGGAACAUUCUCAUCAGUUAUGUAAAAUGAAAAUGAUGAAACUUAAAUCAGUGUUGUGGAACAACUUGAACCAUUUUGUGGGAUAGAAUUUCAGAAAUGUGCUGUUUGUGAAAUGCUUAAAACAGUUUGCUUCGUGUUGAGACACUAAUGCACACUUACACUGAUACACAUGUUGUGAAUGUUAAUACAACUUGACAAUAAAGAAAAGUGCAUCCC